GCAUGCUCAAAACUCUACAAUCCAGGUAGAACCUGUGACAGUCAGCAGCAACCGUGCUGUGGUUGGUGGCGGAGUCUAUGCUAUCGAUUCAAGUCUUUCGGGUAUCAUUACAGUGGACCAGAAUAAUGGAGAACGGGGCGGUGGAGUUGCUACAUCCGGUAUCUCGUUAUUGGAAGGAGCUACCAUCUCUGCGAAUACAGCAUCGCAAAGGGGGGGUGGGGUGUCUGUUGAAACUGGUCUUUUUUCAUUAAGGUCUACAAUUAUCCAGUCGUGUUCGGUUCCACAAGGUGUCGGUGGGGGUAUUUCGAUUGUGGAUGCUGAUGUCAAGCACUACGCAUUGAAAAUUGAGAGCUGUGCAUCAAUUCGUGGCGGAGGAAUUUAUGUCAAUUCAUCAUCAUUCUACCAAUACCCGACUGAGGAGAGUACUGGUACGAGUCUGAAUGCAGCGUCCUUGACUAAAAAUCGAGCAGUUGAAUACGGAGGGAGUGUUUUCGUUGAUGGAGAAGAAACGACCGUCAGCGACUUGGUGAUUACUGAGAGUCAUGCACCAUUUGGGGGUGGUUUAGCAGCUCAGGAUGCGACGUCAUGUGUCGUGUUGAACGCGGAUAUUUCCUACUCGUCAGCAUCGACUUCGGGGGGCGGUUUAUUAUUUGGAUCGGGUACAAGUUGCGUGAUUCGGGACUCCUGGGUAAUGAAUAAUCAAGCUAGAGAAUCGGGUGGUGGGGUAAUGAUUUUUGAGGCCACUCUGUAUCACUCAAAUGUUGAUAUCUCCAAUAACGUCGCUCCAACAGCCGGUGGCGUAUACCUGAAUAGCGUGCUAUACUCAGCAAGUCUUUUAUCUUGGGAUGAUGGCGCCACUCAACGAUCACGUAUUGAUGCGAAUAUUAUCGAACCGAUAGGCGGCAACGGGGCAAAUGUUGUGAUGAAUUGUACAAGCAAUUGUACUCUGUCAGGGUGUGUAAUUUCUGGUGCCAAUUUACAAUUCGGGCAAGGAGCUGGUGUAUUUGUUUUGGGUCGUGGCAACGCUGUGAUCUCAAACUCUCUUGUUGCUAACAACUCGGCGAUUAAAGGUGGUGGGAUUGCUGUUAGCGAUGCGGAAAAGACGGUUCUGGAAAAUGUGGGCUUUAUUGGAAAUAUUGCAACCGACAGUGGUGGUGGAUUAUGGGCAGAAAGCUCGGCAUUUUUGCCAGAAGUGGACCUCAUGAGCUGCGUAUUUUACAACAACUCUGCAAAAACUAGUGGCGGGGCUAUUUCUCUGUAUGGAGUCUACUUGUACAGCUCAGUUUUACUGGUGAUGGAGAACCAUGCCGGUAACAGUGAGUCCGGUAUAGGUGGCGGACUUUUUUCAGAUAAACGAGUUAACCCCGAUAGACCCUCUAGUGUCAUGGCAGACACGUGGCUCUUCUUGUCAAAUGACGCACCGGUCGGAGGUUCCAUUGCUGGAGUUAAAUCGUCCGAGAUCAGUCUACUUGACGCCAAUAUCACUCGCGAUACAGGUAGAUUUUUCACAGGUACGUGGCCACACUUGUUCAGCAAACUUGUCGGCUUCGAGCAUGUUGAAGGCCGUGCACAGAACAAGGUCGAAGUUCAAAAAGGAGACCUUGUCUAUCUCUCAGAUAGAGACUCUGUUUUAGAGCUGCUCUCAUCAUUCGCAACGCAAGGAUUGGCAGCCGCUGGAGGAGGAAUUUACAUCAACGCAAAUGCUUUUUUCUAUAGUCAAGACUCCGAAAUCAGCUCCAACACGGCAAACGAACGUGGAGGUAGCGUAUGUCUAUCGAACAGCGCCCAAGCCUAUUUCACCUCUGUUAAAGUGAUACUCAGCGAUUCUAAAACGUCUGGUGGUGGGAUCUAUGUGGAGUCAUCAUCGAAGCUUUACGCUGAAAACUCCAAUAUAUCUGACAACUUUGCGGAUGACUCGGGAGGGGGAAUCUUCAUCGACACAGGAGACAAAAAUGCUGUCACUCUGAAUGGAUCCUUCAUAGAACGCAACUUCGCUCAUGGAGAAGGAUGUGGUGUUUUUGUUGGACGAGAGGCGAUUUUGGCUGGGUAUAAAUCUCAGUUCAUUGGAAAUGGAGGCGUGACUACAAGCGGUAAAAAUGAAGGUGGUGGGGCGAUUUCUUGUGUUGAUGGCAUUGUAAAGCUCACAAGCUGUACUUUCAUAAACAACACUGCGUUAGUUGGUGGGGCAAUUCACUUUGAUCGCGGAGGCUCAGCAGCGAUCAUGAGCUCCGUGUUCGAAGGGAAUACUGCAGAUCAAAACGGAGGGGCGAUUGCAACAAGCGUGAAGGCGAAAGUCACGAUUGCGUUGCAAACUUUAUUUGAAAAUAACGUGGCACAUUUUGGUGGAGCAAUGGCAGUAUCUGGCACAUCCACUUUUAUUUUAACAUCGGUCGAUUUCCGCAGUAACCGAGCCAGUGAAGUUGGUGGAGCUCUCUUUAUUACUGACCAAGCUAAAGUUACCAUGAAAGCGGGGGAAUUAGCUGGCAAUAUCGCUGUGUUUGGAGGCGCCCUUUAUUCCGAUGAUCAUUCCUCGACCAGUGUAUCAGACGCCAAGUUUAUCAGGAACUCUGCGUUCACUCGUGGUGGCGCGAUAUAUUACCAAUCGAUUGAUAAUGCCACGAUUACAAGAAUCACAUGCAAAGAAAACACUGCACCUAGCGGAGGAUGUAUCUUUUGGGUAUCAGAGGAUGAAGAUCUUACUCCUACGUACCCGUGUACGUCCUGCACGAUGGAAUUUAACGAAGUGUACGAUAUUGCGACAAAUACACGUGAUGUCCAAGUGAUGUGGUGGCCUGAAAAUAUGACUAGUGGCGUGCCUAUACUGGAGCCUCCUGAUGAGGAAUCAAUUCAGGCCAUCAAAACACGGAACGAAAGCCUAGAGAGGAAAAUGCAUGUAUGGCCUCGACUUAAGGCCGUGGAUCUUUAUGGGCAGGUUGAAGUGCUCGACAAUCAGACAGAAUGCAUGGUGAGUGACGGUUUGUGUAGUGAGCAAACGGAGCGAUUGUUGUUUGAGCCGCGGGCUUUAAUCCGGUCUGCCGGUGGCGUCAUUUCCUAUCGUGGGGCCAGUUUUACAGCAGCCAACCGAACUCCCGAAGAAGGAAUCUAUACGACCGAUAUCUCGUGUACACUGCCAAGAUCUGAAAGGAGAUUUUUCGUCCAGAGCGUGAAGCUUCUGCCGUGUCAGCCAGGAUAUUCAGUCAAUCAAGGUGUAUGUGAACGCUGUCCAAAAAAUAUGUACAGUUUGGAUGGUUUAAAGUGCUUCGACUGUCCUUCCGGCGCCAAGUGUAAUAUGAACGUACGCCGUGGGACGGACACGAUUGCCGAAGAACUCGGUACGGUAUCCCCACGGACAGAGGAAGGGUAUUAUCUUUUUUCAGCCCCAGCAACAAAGCAAGAAUCUAGCUGCAAUAAACCAUCCCUGUGGAAGGACGAAGAUCCAUGCAAGAACCUUGCGUUGGAGAACCCAACGAAGAACCUCUCAGAUAUGAUCUAUGAGUGCUCCAAUCUCAACGAUUUCAACGUAUACUGGUCGGCAGAUCGUCUGUUCUCCUGCUUAUCUGGGAAAUCUUUCUACACCUGCGACGUUGAAGGCGCGUGCCAAGCCGAUGUUACGGUUCAAAUGCUCGCACAUGCAGCAGCAGUGAGUACUGUGUCCUGUACCAGCGGGUACGACUUGGCUAUUUGUUCCGUGUGUGCCGAUGGAUACAAGCGGGCCAGGGAUAAUUCUUGUUUGCCUUGCAAUGAGGCAAACGCUGAGGUUCGAGCCUCAAUUAAAUGGCAGAACUUCGUUAUACCUGUGCUGCUGGUUCUUGCACUUAUCGGAGGAGUGUUCAGUGUUAGAUUUUAUCUACGUGAUCUCACAGAAAUUGGUCUGCUGGCGAAAGCUGAAGCUGAUAGAAGACUCAAAGCCCCUGAUUCCAAGAAGGGUGGCCAUAUCGCGUUACGUGCGGGUGCAAAGUAUCGGCGACAAUCUAUGGCAGUGGUGGGGCGAGUGGAUCAAGUGAAGAACAAGAUCACUGCAUUUUUCAAGACAUAUCAGAGUCGAAAUGUGAAAAUGGUAUUUGGGGUGGAUGUUAGUCCUCCACCGAGGACGUUCCCAGUAAACCCCAGCAAGUUCAAGAUUUUCAUUGGGUUCUUCCAGAUAUUUGGCAACUUCCAAAGCUCUUUCGUCGUCAAGUGGUCAUCAAAUGUUCAAGAUGUUAUGAACAUUUCUCAAAAGUUCAAUCUGGAUUUGGUGGCCAUCGCUGGAAUCGACUGUGUGGUUACGAAAAAUUUCUACUUUGAAUUCACGGUGACCGUGAUCCUGGUUGUACUCGCCCUUACUGUCAUCACCGCGUACUUCUACGCCGGAAUGCGCAGUUAUCGCUCCAAACUGCAGCUAAUUCCUCGUAACUGUCUGCGCUGCGGGCUUCCGGUUCUGGAAAGUGAAGUGAUUCAAAACGACGACGAGAGUUUCAAUCCUCUUCGAUUGCUACGCAGUUGGUGGCGGACGUAUAAUUUCUAUAAGCGGUCUGGCUCAUCUAGUCCAGUGGAAGCUGCAAAGGGUGGUCCAGAGAAUGAAGGCACGGCUGCUCUCUCAACUCUCAAAGAGACUCGAGCCCUGAAGCGUAAAUUCGGUAUGUCGCAAGUCCGAACCCCGUAUUUGGGUUUGUUUCGGUCAGUGCAUGCCAAAUGUCCUACAAAACGACAUAAACUCUCCGGUGCGAUGCUUGAUCGUACAAUUCGUAGUAAUCUUCGCGUCUGGCAAGCUCGCGUGAAGCUACGCAUGAAUUAUCUGACGUAUCGAAACAAGUGUCUGAAGCUCUACUGCUGGAUAGCUCUCUUCCUGUACCCGUCCGUUUCCAAGACUAUACUGACAGUUUACAACUGCCAGGAGGUUGGUGACGUAUUUUAUCUCGUGGCAGAUCGACGUUUGAUCUGCUACAAUGCACAAUGGGCGGUGUUUGGCAUGAUUGCGACGAUCGGAGUCAUUGUUUGGGUAGUGGGAAUACCAUUCUUCUUCGGACUUUUGAUCUGGCUAGCUCAGGACCGUGGAGUUGCUGCGCGUAUCAAGCUACUGCGUAAGCCUCAGAUGCGCAUGCAACGGCAUAAGUGGCUUAAGGAGGUGGAAGAACAACAGACAGCAGAUGGACGGUUUGUUCGAGAUAUGAAAAACAUCGAGGUGCAGGACGAGGAGCUGACGAAGUACAUGAAGCGCAAGAACUUGACAGACUCGACGGUGCAAGCGCGGCUCGGUUUUAUCUACGCCGAAUAUACUCAUGACUACUGGUGGUUUGAAGUCGUGGAUCUUUCACGGAAGCUUUUCCUCAGUGGUGUGAUCGUGUUCGUGGAGAACGGAAGUGUGGAGCAAGUUUUACUGGCACUAGCUGUCUGUUUGACGACGAUGUGGUUCUUGCUAUACUUCCAACCGUACGACGGCUACUCGGAUAAUCUCAUCGCGAGUAUCACCCAGUUGCAGCUCUUCUUCACGUUGUGGCUCGGAGUUAUGAUUCGACUGAACGACCUAAACGUUGAGUCGUUGAUCAACGUGCAGUUGCUCAGCUUCCUACUUGUAGGAACGUGCAUUGCAGUCACAAUGUUUGGGAUCAGCAUGAUCAUAGGAGAAGGACUCGCUGAGUCACGACGAAUAUUUGCUGAGACGACAGCACAGCGCAAGAAACAAGUUCAAAAAGAAGUGCGAAAGCGCUGGUUCCAGGCCUACAAUUACGCAGCCUACGAAGCUCAAAUGCUGCGUUACGGUGGUCAGUUGAGCUUCGAUAACGUUAGUGUGCCCGCUAUGAUGGAAGCCUUCCGUCGUACGAAGCUCAACGAGGAAGAAGACCCCGAAUAUGCCAGCAUGAUGCCAAAGAUCGAAGAGGGAGACAUGGAUGAGUCGAUUAUUGAAAGUCAUCCUGAGUAUACCACGUCUAGAGUCAAUGCAGGCCGAUGACCAAGAUCUCGACCGAGCAGCCACCGCCGAUAGAUUCGACAGGGGGCACGGAAGCUGAUACUUUAGGGUUUGUGAAUCCGUGAAUAUAGUGUGCAU